ACUUAUACAUUUUUCAUUUUACUUCCGUUGUUUCUCAUAAGUGUUAAAGAACGGGUUUUUCACUAACAAAUGUGUAGUAUAUAAUUAAAAAUUUAAUUUAUUGUAAACUUUUUUUUCGACCGUCAAAAAUGGGUAUAAACAUUGAAAAUUUAAUAAAUGAAAUAAAAUUUGAUCAGAAGUUAAUCGGUGUAUUUGAAACAUACAACAAAUACAUUAACUAUCGAUUCGAUUAUCUCAUCAGAACAAGUAUUACACAAACAUCAGAUGAACUCAAUUACAAUGUUGACAGUUCUGAAUUUGAUCCAAGUCAACAUAUUUCACUAAAUUAUAUUACUAUAAACAACAGUUUGGACGUUGUCACAAAAUUGCGAGAAGAAUUAAAAACUUUAACAAAAAUAGUAAAUUUAAAAAGAAAAGAAUUGAGCAUUAUUACUGUUAAUGAGGAUGGAUUAAAAAAUAAUAUUAAACACUUAGAAGAUAUUAUAUCAAUUAAGAAAAAUUUUAUCAGUGAAACUGCCAAAUUUGCAGAAGUCAGAUGGAAUGCAAAAGAAAAAGUUGAAAAGGAGUACAAUAAAAUAAACAAAAAAUAUAUUAAAAUUUUAAGUCAGUUAAACAAAUCAAAAACCAAUUAUGGUAAUGGAUCUAGUAAAGAUACAGAUUACGGGGAGCGAACAAAUAAUAGGCUAUUACGAUAUGAAGACAAAAUUAAAAAAAUGAAUGACAUUAUAAAAAUUGCCAGUGAUAGUACAGAAAAAUUACUACAAUAUCAAAUUGCAUUACAGACUUCUAAUGAUCGGUUAAAAAUUUUUUAUGACCAAUUAAAUAAUCACAUAAAAAAUAAACAAGAAGUUUCGUCAUUAAUAAUACAAAAUGAAAAGCGAAUUAAUCAAUURAAAAUACAUUUGUCAAAUUUAGGGGUUUUAUCAAGCAUAGGCAAAAUUAGAGUCCAUACAUCAUCAAAUUUAAAUGAAAAGGUUUAUUUAAAAAAAGAAUUUUUGAACUUACAGAAUAUGAGAAAUGAAAUUUUAAGUUCACGUCCUAAAGGAAUGUUUAAUCCCAAAUAUCAAAAGGAUAAUGAUUUAUUCAAAGAUGAUGUUAGAAGAUAUUUAGAAAAUGAUGAAGCAAUUGAUUCCAUAGAUUAUUUAAUUGAAUUAAAAAAUAAUAUAUGCAAUAAUGAUGUAAAUUCAUUACAUUUUAUUAAAACGAAUUCAAAUGAAACAGCAAUUUUCUGGAAGUGUCUAUCAACUUUAAAUAAAGACGAGCUUAAAAAAUUGUUGGUACAUUAUUUUAUCAAAGUUAUAGAUUUAAAAGAAUCUGGAAGAGAAAAUGAUGAAAUAAUAUCUAAACUUGAUGCAAUAAAUGAUAGACAAAGGCAUACUAUUGUAGCUUUAAAUAAUAAUUAUCAAGAAUUCCAUCUGUCAAUUGAAAAAAAAUUCAUGGAAUUAAAAAAAUAUUAUCAAGCAAAAGUUAAUAUGUUAUUUCAACUAGUUCAAGAAGAAAAUAAUGCUAUUGCCAUGUUUAGAAUGAGACAAAAAAUCAUAGGACUUAAAAAAAAGAUAAUCGAAUUGGAGAAGUUACAAACAGUGAAACCAAAGGACACUCAAGGGAUGUCAGAACCUCAAAUGAGUUCAAAUCUUCUAGAAGCAUCGAAAUCAGAAUCUGAAAUAAUUUCAUCUGCCAAAGUGAUAUACCACAAAAACAAAUUGAAGAUACAAAAAAAUAAAUCCAAAUAAUAAAUACAUGCAUAGAGACGUUUUAACAGAAAAUAUUUAAUGUUUGUAUAGGUAGACUUAAGCUUCAGUUUGCAUCUAAAUUUAAAUUCCUUUUCUGCCAGCAACCAAAAUAAUAUGGUUUGUAAUUAUGAGGUUUAUGAAUAAUUGUAUUUUAAUUAUUUUACUAUAUUAUAAAAUUAUUAAAUUUAUUUACAACAUGCCAAAAAGUUCUAACUAUCUUUAAAGAUGAGUCAAGGAUUAAAUAUUAUUUUAAUGUCAUUUCAGACAUAUUAUUAGUCACCUUAUUAUCAGUAACCUGUUUGUAAUCAAAAUUUCAAUCAUUGAAAUUAUUGUCUUGCCUACUUUAAGAGGAAUAUAGAUUCAAAUUGUUUUCAACUUGAGAAAGUAUUUCAAUAAUUAUUCAGCUUUAGAAUUUCUAGAUAAUAUCCACUUUAGUGUAUUCUAUGUAUAAUAAUAAAAAAAAUUCCUUUUUAAAGCACCUUGGUAGUUGUAUUAGUGCUUAGUAUUACAUUAAACAACAUAGAUAAUUCAUUUUGUGUAUUGUUAAAUUUUUAAAUGAUUGGAGUUCAGAAUUUCUAUACUCACAAAUCAAUCACGCAUCAAAUUUCGGGAACUGUUCUAAAUGUUGUCCAGGUCCUUUACACAGCUUCCAAUUAAAUCAAAAUUUAAAAGCAUUUUGACAAUAACUAUUUCGU